AUGAACCGGGUAUUCUUGUCACUGAGCUGGAAUGAAAUCCGUCGGCGCGCGGUCGAAUUCGCGGACGAAUAUUCGGAUGCGACAUACGAGAAAGGCGAAACCCAAUCGUUCUACAACGACUUCUUCGAUGUCUUCGGCAUCAAGCGGAGGCAGGUUGCCCGUUAUGAGGAACACGUCAAGAAGCUGUCGGGCGACACCGGAUUUAUCGAUCUUUUCUGGCCGAAGACGCUUCUUGUGGAGCAAAAAAGCGCCGGGCGCGAUCUGACCGCCGCGGCCGAACAGGCCGGUGAAUAUUUCGACGCGAUCAGGGACGCAGACAAGCCCCGCUUCCAACUCGUCUGCGACUUCCAAAACUGGGAACUGCUCGACCGAGACACGCGCGAGACGUGGUCCUUCACGCUUUCAGAACUGGCAGACAACAUUCAGGCCUUUGCCUUCAUGAUCGGGCGCGAAAAGCGCGUCUUCAAGGAUCAGGACCCGGUCAACAUCGACGCCGCCGAACUGAUGGGCGCAAUCCAUGACGAGUUGGAGGCAUCGGGCUACAAGGGCCACGAUCUCGAAGUCUAUCUGGUGCGGCUUCUGUUCAUGCUGUUUGCCGACGACACCGGCAUUUUCGAAACGCGCGACAUGCUGCUCGAUUUCAUCGAGCAUCGCACCAGUGAAGACGGGUCCGACCUCGGCUCGAAGAUCAACGACCUUUUCCACGUGCUCAACACGCCCGGGGACCUGCGCUCGCCCCAUAUGGACGAAGACCUGGCGCGGUUCCCCUAUGUCAAUGGCGACCUGUUCUCCGAAAGCCUGCCGCCCGCCUGGUUCACGGCGGGGAUGCGAGACACCUUCCUUGAGGCAUGCCGCUUCAACUGGUCGAAAGUGUCGCCAGCCAUUUUCGGUUCGCUGUUCCAGUCGGUGAUGGACCCGGCCGAGCGGCGCAAGAAAGGCGCCCAUUACACCACCGAAAAGAACAUCAUGAAGCUGAUCGGACCGCUGUUUCUGGACGAUCUGCGCGCCGAACUCGAUCAUCUCAAAGGGUUGAAAACCGGCAAGGCCGGGCGGCUCGAAGCCUUUCGGCGGCGGCUGGGCACACUGACUUUUCUCGAUCCGGCCUGCGGUUGCGGCAACUUCCUGAUCAUCGCCUAUCGCGAAUUGCGCAAGCUGGAAAUCGAGUGCCUCGCCGAACUGCGCGGUACCGACACCAAAGAGAUGUUCGGAGAGACGAUCUCCGAGGUCAAUGUCGACCAGUUCUACGGCAUCGAACUGGAGGAGUUUCCCGCCCGUAUCGCGGAAGUCGCGAUGUGGAUGAUUGACCACAUCAUGAAUGUCGAAUUUGGCGAUGCCUUCGGGCUGAUCCUGACCCGCAUUCCGCUGACAAAGUCGCCCCAUAUUCUCAACGAUGAUGCGCUGGCGGUCGAUUGGAACGACCUCCUACCGGCGCACCAAUGCUCAUACGUGAUGGGCAACCCGCCGUUCAUUGGGCAAAGCUAUCAGUCCAAAGAGCAGCGCGAAGCGCUCCGGCAAAUUGUUGACCCAAAAAGGAAGUCCGCUGGAGCGCUGGACUAUGUAACCGGAUGGUUUCUGAAGGCCGGAGCAUACAUCAAUCAGGAUGGCUGCAAAGCUGACAUCGCCUUCGUUUCUACGAACUCGAUCACCCAAGGGGAACAGGUCGCGCUUCUUUGGCCCAUCCUCUUUGAACGAUACAAGAUGGAGAUCGCCUUUGGCCAUCGCACCUUCGAAUGGGGCAGCGAAGCGCGCGGCAAGGCCCAUGUGCAUGUGGUCAUCGUCGGGAUCACCCGGCGGGACCGCGAGCGCGAUGUCAAGCGACUGUUUUCUUACGAAAACAUCAAAGCCGAGCCGGAAGAGACGCGCCAUAGGGCACUGACGGCCUAUCUUUUUGGAGUGACCGAUGGGGCCAAUCGCGAUUACCGCUACUCCAUCGGCCUCGUCUACAACACCUUCCCCUGGCCGGAGAUGGACGACGCGGCGCGGGAAAAAAUCGGCGCGCUGGGCCAGGCCGUGCUGGAUGCGCGGGACGAAUUUCCCGACGCGACAUUGGCCGAUCUCUACCACCCGGACCUGAUGCCGCCCGCCCUGCGCAAGGCCCAUACCGCGCUCGACAGGGCCGUGGACCGCCUCUACCGCAAAACGCCCUUCGAAAGCGAGCGCGAGCGCGUCGAGCAUUUGUUCGGCCUGUAUGAGAAAAUGGUCGCGCCCGUCGAGGCAGAGGCCAAGAAGACGCCGAAGCGGCGGAGUGGGGACAUCACCAACGACCAGAUCUUCCUGUUCGGCCUGUUCGGCAUCCUGUUCGCCAUGCUGGUCUGGGGGCGUGUGCGCUACGAUCUGGUGGCGUUCGCCGCGCUUCUGAUCGCCGUCCUGGCCGGCCAUGUGGACCCGGACGCCGCGUUCGCCGGCUUCGGCCAUCCCGCCGUCGUCAUCAUCGCGCUUGUGCUGAUCGUCUCCCGCGGCCUCGUCAAUUCCGGCGCGGUCGAACUGAUCGCGCGCUUUGUCGUCGCGCCCGACCGGCCGCUGCCGGUCCAUAUCUCGGUGAUGGCGGUGGCCGGCGCGGCGCUGUCGGCGGUGAUCAACAAUGUCGCCGCGCUGGCGCUUUUGAUGACGCUCGACAUGGAUGUGGCGAAGAAGGCCAGGCGCGCCGUGUCGCUGACCCUGAUGCCGCUGUCGUUCGCGACCAUCCUUGGCGGCAUGAUCACGCUGAUCGGCACGCCGCCCAACAUCGUCAUCGCGCAAUACAGGCAGGACGCGCUGGGCGCGCCGUUUUCCAUGUUCGAUUUCACCCCCGUCGGGCUGAUCGUCUCGGUGGUGGGCAUCGCGUUCGUCGCGCUGGCCGGCUGGCGGCUGAUCCCGGCGCGCGACGGCAGCCAGCCGCUCGACGAGGAUGCCGGGCUCUAUGUCGCCGAGGCGCGGGCGCGCGAGGGGUCGCGGGCGAUCGGGCGGAUGGUGCGCGACCUUUACCCGGACGCCGCCGACAAGGACGUGCAGAUCAUCGGCCUGGUGCGGCGGGGCAAAAGGCUGCCCGGCUUUGCGCGCACCGAGGAAAUCCGCAAGGGCGAUUUCCUGGUGCUGGAGGGCGAUCCGAAAUCGAUCGAGGCGUUCAUGGGCACGGCGGAGCUCGAUUUCGCCGGCUCGGAGAAGCAUGGCGGCCUGCGCGGCGCCAAUCUGACGCUGAUCGAGGCGAUCGUGCCGGACACGGCGCGCAUCGUGAACCGUUCGGCGCUGGACGUGCGGCUGCUCUACCGCCACGGGGUGACGCUGCUGGGUGUUUCGCGCGGCGGCAAGCGCUUCCGGGACCGGGUGCGCAAGCUGGCGAUCCGGCCCGGCGACGUGCUGCUGCUGCUCGGCCCGGACGACCGGAUGGACCAGACCGCCCAGUGGCUCGGCGUCUAUCCGCUGGCCGACCGCAAGACCGCGCUGAUCCAGCGGCGCAAGGCGGCCGCGGCGAUCGGCGCGUUCGGCAUCGCCAUCGCGCUGGCGGUGACGGGCAUCACCACGCUGGCCAUCGGGCUCAGCGCCUGCGUUGUCGCCUAUAUCGCCAUGGGGCUUCUGGGCGGCGAGGAUUUCUACGCGAUGAUCGAGUGGAAGGUGAUCGUGCUGCUCGCUUCGCUCAUUCCAUUGUCGGCGGCGCUGGAAGCCUCGGGCGGCACGGAGCUGAUCGCCAACGCCAUUGUCGGCGGCACCAAUGGCUGGCCGGCCUGGGCGAUCCUUCUGGUCCUGAUGGUCGUCACCAUGACGAUGAGCGACUUUCUGAACAAUGUGGCGACCGCGCUGAUCGCCGCGCCGAUCGGCGUGUCGGUGGCGGGCUCGCUGGGCGCCAAUCCCGACCCGUUCCUGAUGGGCGUUGCGGUGGCGGCCUCCUGCGCCUUUCUGACGCCGAUCGGCCACAAGAACAACACCAUCAUCAUGGGGCCGGGCGGCUACCAGUUCGGCGACUAUUGGCGCAUGGGGCUGGCGCUGGAGGUGAUCGUCAUCGCGGUGGCGGUGCCGGCGAUUUUGUGGACAGAAGGGCCGAUCAUCAUGAGCACCGUCGCCAUCACGGGAACCGGCGUCUUCACGCCGGAACUGGUCGUCACAAACGACGAACUGGUAGAAACCUUCAACGCCUGGGCCGACCGGCAGAACGAAGCCAAUGCCGACGCCAUCGCGGCCGGCGAAACGGAGCCGGUGCCGCAUUCGUCGUCGGAGUUCAUCGUCAAGGCGUCGGGCAUCGAAAACCGGCAUGUGCUGAACAAGUCCGGCAUUCUCGACCCCGAGAUCAUGCACCCCGUCCUGCCCGAGCGCUCCGAGGACGAGCUCGGCGUGAUGGCCGAGAUGGCGCUCGACGCGGCUAAAAAGGCGCUGGCGCAGGCCGGCCGCACGCCCGCCGACAUCGACGCGGUGAUCUGCGCGGCGUCGAACCAUGAGCGCGCCUAUCCCGCGAUCGCCAUCGAAAUUCAGGAGGCGCUCGGCAUCGAGGGCUUUGCGUUCGACAUGAACGUCGCCUGCUCGUCGGCCACCUUCGGCAUGCAGGCCGCGCACGACAUGAUCGCCAACGGCUCGGCGCGGGCGAUCCUCGUCGUCAAUCCGGAGAUCUGCUCGGCGCAUCUGGAAUGGCGCGACCGCGACUGCCACUUCAUCUUCGGCGAUGUGUGCACUGCCGCCGUCCUCGAACGCGCCGACGCCUCGGACGCGGCGGGCCGGUUCGAGAUCGUCUCGACCCGCUGCAAGACGGUGUUCUCCAACAACAUCCGCAACGACAAUGGCUUUCUGCGGCGCACCCGGCCCGGCCAUAUGGAAGACCGGCGCGACAUGCUCUUUCGGCAGGAGGGCCGCAAGGUGUUCAAGCAGGUGGUGCCGAUGGUGGCCGAACUGAUCACGCAGCAUCUGGCCGACAACAAUAUCGCGCCCGACCGGAUCGCGCGGCUCUGGCUGCACCAGGCCAACAAGGCGAUGAACGAUCUGAUCGGCGCGAGGGUCCUGGGCCGGACGCCGGAGCCGGGCGAACAGCCCAACAUCUUGCAGGAAUACGCCAACACCUCGUCGGCGGGCUCGAUCAUCGCCUUUUCGCAGUACAAUGACGAUCUCAAGCCCGGUGACCUCGGCGUCAUCUGCUCGUUCGGCGCCGGCUAUUCGGCGGGCAGCGUGAUCGUGCGGAAGGUGGGUUAG